AUGGAGCGUGAGAGCGAGGAAAGUGUGUGUCUCGGAAACCCGCGCUCACUCACGACGAACCUGCACUCGGGUCUGCUUCUAUCACAUCUCGCAUCUCUAGUCACCGACCCUCCGGCCUCUCGGGACCACGCACAUGGAGAAAAAUGUCCUCUCGCUCAUAUUUCCGUCUUUCCCACCCAACCCACUCUUUCUUCACCGGGGGGGGAAAGAGAUUGGGAACAAGAAGGAUGCACUUCAACUUUCAUAACCGAGACUUGGGCGGGAGAGGGGGGAGAGGGUUUCCACACCGGUCAAACCACGCAACACCACCAUCAGGACCAACAUUUCUUGGCUGCGGAGCGGCCUAACCCUGGCGUUUUCAACGGAGCUGCAUUGCACUAA